AUGAGAAAUAAAUGUAAAUGUUUUUAAGCAAAAGAAGAAUCAACUUAAAUAUAGAUAAUAAAGAAUGAGAGAUCAUAUGAUAUAAGAAAAUAAUUAAUUAGCGAAAGAAAACUGUUGAAUUAAAGAAGACAUAAUACUGAAACAAUAUAUUAAUCAAUUAAUAAUUGAUUAAUAUAAAUCUUAGAAAUUUUCACAAAGAAAUGGUGUUUAGGGUUACUUUUAAAGUAUUAAGUGUUAUAAAGAGUAUAAUUCAUUGUAAAAUACUAAUUAGAAAUUCGAACUAAGUUAUUUGUUAUAAGAAUAGGUUACAGAAGAGAAAAAGUCGGAUAGUAAUUUACUAUAUGAUGAAGAUAGGGUUAUUGGGUAACUGAAAAGAUCAUAACAUAUUAUAAAAAUAAUAAAAAUCUGAUUAUAGUUAUGAGAAGUUAGAGAUGAUUUUGGUGAAUAAAUUUGGAAAGAUGGUGCUCUUUAUAUUGGAGAGUGAAAAAAAAUUAAGUUAAUGGUUAUGAUAUAUUCUAUCAUAUUAAUGAUGAUAUUUAUGAGGGAUUUUGGAAGGAAGAUAAAGCUAAAGGAUAUGGAGUUUAUAUGAUCUAGAUAUGAAGGAGAUUGGGAUUAAGAUCUUUAUCAUGGAAAUGGUUGUGAA